AUGCGCAGGUGCCUUGCCUUUCGGCAUCUCAUGGGUGCUGACCGCAGCUUUUCUGGGGCUGUGCACUCUUGCCGUACAUCGUCGUCCCUUCAGACUCUAGUCGCUUGCUCGGGCACCCUCUGUUUCUCCUGCUCCAAGGCCUUCGCCACUUCAUCCUCCAUCACCAUCUCGUCCGCCAGGUGUGUGUCGUGCGUUGUCGUCUGCACACCCGUCCGGCACUUCGGCAAUGCGCCGUCGCGCGUUCGCCCAGCUGAGACACCCGCCGAGAACAUGUGGCGGCAGAGUGAGCGCGAGACGAGCGCCUCCGUCGUCAUUGUCAUCAUGUUCAUGGUGCCACUGUGGCUUUACGUGCUCUCAGCGCAUGGGCAGGAGCAGAAGCGCGCCGCGGUGCGCGCUUGGGCGCUGGAGCAACGUGAAAAGCAUCACCCCUCUGAGUGUGAGGGCGAAUGCAAGGCGUAG